CUUCGCGUCGUCAAGAGAGCGGACUAUCUGCAGGAUAUACCUCGCAAGAAGGUGUCGGCGUCGUACUACAAGUUGGCACAAGAAUAUGGUCCCUUAGUUCUCCUGAAGGCUCUGGGUCGCACUACCUUGGUCAACUACAAGAUCGCCAUUGAGCUCUUCGAAAAACGCGGUAGCAACUGUUCGGAUCGCAAUGACCUCCCUAUGAUCAACGAUGGGAUGGGAGUGGAGCUUUGGGCAUAUGCCAUACGGCCCUUCUUGGAAGGCACACCGCACCAUGUUCCAUAAACAGUUCCAGCCCUCCGUUGUCUCCGCGUUCCCAUUCAACUAAGAGGCGCACACGCUACUUCCUCGAAUCCUUUCCGAACCGGAAAAUCUCAUCAAUCAUCUACGGUUUAAUUCGGCUAGUACAAUUAUGAAUGUCACCUAUGGGAUCAAGAUCGAAGAUGAAGAUGACCACUUCAUCACAGUAGCGGAAACAUGGGAUGGCAAAGGCUGCGCACCCGGGCGCAUUCCUCGUUGAUAUAUUCCCGAUAAUGAAGUACAUACCUUCUUGGUUCCCAUUUGCCGUUUUCCAGAAGAAGGCCACAUACUGGAAGAAAGCGGUGACCGAAAUGUGAAAUGCUCCCUUUGCACUUGUCGAGUCUUCAUUAAAUCAGGGGACCGCAUCUCCGAGCUUUGCAACAAAUCUCCUAAACAAUAUAAAUCUAAGAAAUCAGGAAAAAGGGUCAAAACGGGAUGUUAUCGCCUCGGAGACUGAAACGCUCAGAAAUGCGCCGGUUUAGCUUACGCUGCUGGUGCUGAAAGGACUGUUUCGGCCCUGUCUUCAUUCAUUCUCGCCAUGGUCCUACAUCCCGAAGUUCAAAGUAAAGCUCGGGCUGAACUCGAUUCAGUGGUUGGGCAUGCCCGCUUACCCGACUUUGUGGACCGUGAUUCUCUCCCCUAUAUCGACGCAAUUGUAAAAGAGGCACUCAGAUGGAAUCCCGUUGCCCCCCUUGGCCUCCCUCACAUGGUGACCAAGGCCGACGAAUUCAGAGGGUAUUAUAUCCCUGCCGGGACCACGAUAAUGGGUAAUAGCUGGACUAUCCUUCACGACCCAGACACCUACCCAGAACCGAUGGUCUUCAAGCUGAGAGAUUCCUUUCAAAAAAGCCUGCGAUCAUUGACCAGUGAACGUCGCAUUUGGUUAUGGACGGCGUAUCUGCCCGGGAAUUCAUGGCUGAAGCGCACCUUUGGAUAUCUGUCGCGUGUAUCCUCCGUGCUUUCGAAAUCGGUCGCAAAAAAGAUGAACAGGGUAAUAUGAUUCCCGUUCAUCCGGAAUUCACUUCGGGCAUGAUUUCUCAUCCUCUGCCGUACAACUGUUCCAUCACACCCCGG